CCGCCGCCUGCGCGGGAAAGAGAGCGGCCCUUCGCUGCGCCGCACAUCUUGCUAUGAGUAAGCCAGACAAAAGGAAGAAUCGGGUCCUAGAAGUCAAAUUUGUGGCAGAUGAAGACGUUCUGCAGCACAUUUCCGAGAAUGCUGGUCCUAAAGUUCAGAAGAAGAAAGUUCCACCUGUAAUUGAUGUGAAAAGAUGGGUGAAGGAAACAGAAGGCAACUCCAGUGAGGAGACCCAGGAUGCUUUUGAGCAGCAGGACUACGUGUCUGUUCUUGGGACAGGCAUCAAAGGUGGCAGCAAUGUCUUCGCGUUCAGAACUCCAAAGAACUCCAAAAAGAUGGCAGAGAUGGCCUCAGAACUAGCUAACAAGUCAGGGAAGAACGUGAAACAUGUCAUAUCGAAGAAAGCUGAGAAGAGAGAAAGCUCUCCUAAAAGCACCAAGAAGCCACCCGCAUCGAGCAAAGGCCAGGUGGAGGGUAAAAAGAAUGAGGUGUCAAAAACAGUGUACGGAUUCAGGAAAAGAAUAGCAGCCUUAAACAGGUGCUCUGACAGUGAGAGUGAUUAUUCCUCUUCGGAUUCUGAGAAGGACAGCGAUGACAAUCGUGAAGCAACGGUUGAUGAAGCUCUUCAGCCGGACACGCCAAAUCAAACAAUGAUUUCAGCCAGCGACCAGCCAGCAGGGAAGAAACCGAAGAAAGGCAUUUCCAGCAAUCUGGUGGAAGAGUAUUUUGAAGCACACAGCAGCUCCAAAGUUAUAACUUCUGACCGAACACUUCAGAAGCUGCAGAGAGGAAAGCUGGAUCAGGAGACCCUGCAGAACAUCUUGAAUAAAGUGCCAAUUGCUUUUGCUGCUGAACGUGAAGAGUUAAACAAGCAACAUGAAUCCCUCUUUUACAAAUGGAUGUUACAGUUGCACUUGGGAUUCAAUAUUGUGCUUUAUGGGCUAGGUUCAAAGAAAAACCUCUUGGAGAAUUUUCGCACCUCUCUUCUUCAGGAUUCGGUUCAUCUUGUGGUGAAUGGGUUCUUCCCCAGCAUCACUGUGAAAUCGAUUCUGAAUUCCAUCACGGAGGAGGUGCUGGAUCACACAGGCACUUUUCGCAGCCCCCAGGAUCAGUUGGACUGGAUCGUGAAAAGAUUUAAAGAAGACCCUUCCUCGGAGCUCUACCUGCUCAUCCAUAACCUGGACAGCCAGAUGCUGAGAGGAGACAGAAGCCAACAGAUCCUGGGACAGCUGGCAUCCCUUCCCAGCGUCUACCUCAUCGCCACGAUUGACCACAUCAAUGCCCCACUCAUGUGGGAUCAGGCAAAACAAAGCCUAUAUAACUGGCUAUGGUACGAAACGACUACCUAUAGCCCUUAUGUUGAAGAAACAUCCUAUGAGAACUCAAUGUUGAUAAAGCAGUCUGGGUCUUUAGCUCUGAGCUCACUCACGCACGUCCUGCACAGUCUCACUCCUAAUGCAAGGGGUAUUUUCAGGCUUCUGGUACAGUAUCAGCUGGAGAAUAAGGAUAACCCCUCGUACCCAGGGCUUCCCUUCCAAGAUUUCUAUCAACAGUGUCGAGAGGCCUUCUUGGUCAACAGUGACCUCACUCUCAGGGCCCAGCUUACAGAAUUCAGGGAUCAUAAGCUCAUUCGGACCAAAAGGGGUGCUGAUGGAGUGGAAUAUUUAUUAAUUCCUGUGGACACUGGGACCUUGAUGGACUUUUUAGAAAAAGACAGUGAAGUCUGAAGUCGCUCCUAUUCUAUUAGAGCUGCCCUCAAAGAAUGCUGGAGUACUUCCCGCCAUGUCGCCAUUCUCAAAUCUCAGGAGUCUAACCCACAAUAAUGGAGCGAAGUACUGUGUAUGCAAAGCCAACUUCUAGAUCUGCUCAGGUUUCCCGUCACGGGUGAUGUCUUCUUCCUGUCCUCUUAACCCUAGACAAAGGAAAUGCCAGUCGUCAAUAGCAAUGUGCCUUUUUGUUCAUAAGCCUGUUGGAGAAAAGGGCUUGAUAGGAGUAACCUCUUGCUUGAAAAUGUGCUCGGUUGGCGGUCUGGUUGCCAGCAGCUCUAGGAGACCAAGGUUCCCAGCAAGGAGUCUGAACAUGGACAAGAGCAACACACGGACACCAGAGGAAAGGAAGUCUUGGAUAGUAAAACUUCUAGCCUUAAUGAAAAAAAUCUUCCCGGUGACAUCAGAAGUAAAGAGAUGUAAUACUUUAAAAAUGUUUUUUUAAAUUGUGCAAUAGCUCUCUGUGUGCAGUUCUGUCAUGUUGAUUAUUGA